UUGUACCGAUACGAUAUCAAAUAUUUUGAUUCGGUAUGAGAUUUUACUCCAAACCGAUCCUGAUCUCGAAAUAUUGGUUUGGUAUGGUUCAUAAUGGUUCAGUUUCAGUUUCGGUAAAUAUUGGGUUGAAUAUAUAUACUUAGGGGUUGUUUGGCAACUUCUGAAUGGGAAAUACAGAAGUUAGGUGUAUCCCAAACUCACUAGUCACUAGUCUCAGUACCCUCAAACAAUCACCCCUUUUUGAUCUGCAGCAUCGGAAAUUCGACGAGGGGAGCAUUAAUAAAUUAAUGGAGGGAACGGUCCGGUGCUCCGCGAACUAUGUCCCGCUCACUCCGAUCAGCUUCUUGGAGCGCUCUGCCGUGGUGUACGCCGAUAAUGUCUCCAUCGUCCACGGCGCUCGCCGGUUCACUUGGAAACAGACCCGCCGGCGGUGUCUCGCCCUCGCUUCUUCUCUGUCUCUCGCCGGAAUCUCCCGCCGCGAUGUCGUUGCUGCCCUGGCUCCAAAUAUUCCAGCAAUGUAUGAGCUUCACUUUGGAGUUCCAAUGGCAGGGGCUGUCCUUUGCACUCUCAACACCCGCCACGAUUCAUCAAUGGUGGCUACUCUGCUCAGACAUUCUCAGGCUAAGCUCAUAUUUGUAGAUCACCAGUUCUUUGACAUUGCCAAGGGAGCCCUUGAGAUUCUUCUAUCGAGCUCGACGAAUUCCAAGUUGCCUUCCAUGGUCGUAAUCCGCGAUGAUGAUGAUGAUGACCGAAAACCGGCGUCCACCCAAGAAGGAUGUUUGGAUUACGAGUCGUUUUUGGAUGGCGGGAGUAGUGAUUUCGAGAUUGUGUGGCCAAAUGACGAACUCGACCCCAUAUCUCUGAACUACACUUCGGGCACGACUUCUAGCCCUAAAGGAGUUGUUUAUAGCCACAGGGGAGCCUAUCUGAACGCUCUCGCCACCAUUCUCCUCAACGACAUGACAUCCAUGCCUGUCUACUUGUGGGUUGUUCCCAUGUUCCACUGCAACGGGUGGUGUCUCACGUGGGGGGUGGCCGCGCAAGGUGGCACCAAUAUCUGUCCGAGGAGUGUCACUGCAAAGGGCAUAUUCGACUCGGUCGCAGACCACCGUGUGACCCACAUGGGAGGUGCACCCACUGUCCUGAACACGUUAAUAAACGCGCCCCCGGGAGUGAAGAGGCGGUUUCCAGCAAAAGUUGUGGCCAUGACCGGUGCUGCACCGCCGCCACCCCACGUGCUAUCCAAGAUGGAAGCUCUAGGGUUUGAAGUGAUCCAUUCCUACGGCUUGACCGAAACAUACAGUCCGGGGACUAUAUGCACGUGGAAGCCCGAGUGGGACUCUUUACCCCCCGACACGCGGGCUAAACUCAAGGCCCGCCAAGGGUUGAACCACAUUGCGAUGGAAGGGGUAGACGUCAAAGACCCUUCGACAAUGGAAACCGUCCCCUCGGACGGGAAAACCUUAGGGGAAGUGAUGUUCAGAGGGAACACAGUGAUGAGUGGGUAUCUGAAGGACUCAAAGGCAACACAAGAGAGUUUCAGAGGGGGGUGGUUCAGGAGUGGGGACUUGGGGGUGAAGCACCCGGACGGGUACGUCGAGUUGAAGGACCGGUCGAAGGACAUCAUCAUUUCAGGGGGAGAAAACAUCAGCACCAUUGAGGUCGAGGCGGCGGUCUCCGGCCAUCCGGCGGUUCUCGAGGCGGCCGUCGUGGGCCGGCCGGACGAUCACUGGGGGGAGACGCCGUGCGCGUUCGUCAAGCUCAAGGACGGGUUCGACAACGUCACCUCUGAUGACAUCAUCAGGUUCUGCCGGGAUCGGCUGCCGCGCUACAUGGCUCCGAGGACUGUGGUUUUUGGUGAUCUGCCCAAAACUUCCACAGGGAAGACACAGAAGUUCCUUCUCAGAGAGAGGACCAAAGCCAUGGGAAAUCUUUCAAAGGGCAGUAGUAAAUUAUGAGGUACUCUCAAUGUAAUGAAAUGGAUUAUAUGCAGUUGAAGCAUUGUGUAUUACUUUUAAUUUUCAUUAUUUAUGGAAAUAAUGUUUCUAUUUUCUG